AUGGCUGCCAUGAUAAGCCCCGGGCAAGUGACAACCGUGGACUGGAUGAUAUUGGCGUUAAGUCAAAUGAGCGGCCAAACUCAAGCGAAUAAGGUUGGCCAAGCCUUUGUAAAAAAGCUGUUGGAGAUGGGAGACGUUCACACAUCCGCGUCGAUUCUCCUCGGUCUUGGAGACAGCAACGACGCAAUUGAGGUCUAUGUGUCUCGCAAUCACUUCAUGGAAGCCAUUCUAAUGACAUGUCUUCUGAUGCCUUCGGACUGGCAACGUCAAUCAUAUCUUGUCCGCCGGUGGGGAGAAUACGUGGUAUCCCAUUCUCAGCAGCAACUUGCCAUCCGGUGUUUCAUGUGCACUGGCGCUGAGCCCACCGAGCCAUGGACUUCGCCAGCUGCUCAGCAAGCCGCCUCCUUCGCGGAAGUCAUUCGAGGGAAGUCACCACUUGCGUCUCCCGAUCCGAUGCAAUCCAGUUCAAACCUUAUGCUGCCUCCCAAUCGACCUAGGUCAGCAUCGAACCAACGAUCAGCUGGGAAAACUCCCGCACUGAAGCUUAUCACAUCAUUUGAUUCGCAACCAAACCAGCGUUUCCGAUUCCCCGGUCUCAAAUCAGACGACCGAACACCAACGAAUGCACCCGGUGUCACUCCCAUUGCAGAAUCUGCUGUUGUCGACUCUGCUUUGUCUCCGGGUGGUCUGGGAUCCUGGAAGUUGAAUAAUAUCCAGAGCCUCAGUCAAGCCAUGACUUCCAGGACUGGUACUCCGGCCUGGAACCGCCGUCGUCUUCCCUCGAUAGGGGAGACCCCAGUGGAUGUGCAUCCGCCCCACGAUUUCACGUUCUGGGUCCUACCAGAAAUCUGUCAAGACGAGCGAGGUGAUGAAGAUGGUCUUUUGCUGUCUGCUACAAGAUACAAUCCAGAGGGAAGUUCUCUCAAGCCAAGUCCCCAGACUGCCGUUCAGGCUGCCGACCGAUUUGCAUCUAUCAAAGGUCUUCCGUCUCCAGGACUCGGUCUGAUCGAGGCACUCAGAGAGAACUCCGAUAUACGUAAUGGCUCGCGCGAUCGCAAACCGGACGGACUUCAGAUCGAGCUCGUGCAAGCGGAAGAAUCCCAUGCAAACAGCCACGAUCAAUCAGACUUGCUUCCUAUGGGCAGUGCAAAGAGUACUACGUCGACUUUGAAUAGCUACAGCUCGGCCAAAAGUCCCAGCGUCAGUGGACGCAGUAUCGAUCAGUACAUUAGUAGUCUGGAAGAGGCUAAUUACCAUUCAAAACGACAUCGAGGUCAUCGCAGCCAUGGCCGUGAGAGGAGAAAUACAGAUGAAACAGCUAGUCAAAGCUCGCGCACUCACCAAGCUCAUGAUCCAUCACAGGACAGCCGUGGACGCAAUGAGCGGCGAUACAUCCAACCUGCGAAACGGUCACCUUCAUCUCCCGUACCCAUGUCUCCCCAAGAGCUAGCUCAAUAUCAUACCGGAGAACCAGAUAUGACAGAAACGUCUAGAAAGACACAGUCGCGUGCAAGAAGCCGCAGCAAAAUGAGAAAGGGAAGCUCACGCAGCCGUCAGCGCUCUUCCAGUCGAAACACAGCAGCCCAAGUCGGUGGAGACAAGAAUGACCCUUCUACGCGUGGUCGCAGUGUCGACCGACAGAGAUCCUCUGUCCGAUCCCCAUCAUCACCGCUACCAAUGUCUCUGCCAACUCUGGACAUAUCCCAACAAGAGAAUGCCGACGAUCCAUUGAGAAUAGUGGCUGGGAACCAGAAACGUCUACGCUCGCGUCACAGAAGCGCUAGUCGUCGGCGAGGAGCUAGCUCGAGACGAGACCCAUCAACAGAGUCUAAGUCCGGACACAAGGCUUCCUAUAGCCAACCUGAGAUUCGUCAGGUUCCAAAACCACAGGAUGCUGCUGAGUCUCAAGGCCUGGAGCUCUUGAGUGCCAAAACAUUCGGCCAAGAAGAUGUCUUUGCCAAUGCAAUGAACCAACAAAAGGCUGAUUCCAAUGAAGAGGCUCAGGAUCUGGUGUCUCUAACGACACCUUUUGUUAGCCUGGCAGAGAGGAAGAGACGAGAACUGGCAGCUGCUGAGCUCGAGGCCCGCCGACUAUCUCUUGCUCGCAAGCCUUCCGCGCCUAAUAUCCCAUUUCCAGGGGAACUGCAGUCUAUCCGAACACCAGUGGAAAGCCCGCCUCCAUUCCAUGGCAACUCAUACUUCCCUCGAGUCCCAUCACGAAACAAAAUUCCUCCCAGCAAGAACUCGCCAGAGUACCAAAGUAGUUCGGAUUCCGGCUCGUCUCGCUCAGGUCUGCCAGUUGGACUUCCUGCAACACCUCGAGCAAUGCGUCAUCCCAAGUACGGUGGUGGACACGAAGAAGAACGUCCUCCAUCCGUCCCGGCUCUCCCAACCGACAAUUUCGGAAGUCUUCUUCUAACAGACGCGAGGUACCAAGGCGAGGCUGAAAGAAUCGGCCGCUCAAUGUCCGUCCCAGUACCCCAUGACCAACACUACAGAGGCGCUCCAGUACCUUCCGACGUCCCAAUGCACCCACGCUUCAACCCUAAUCUCCCUCGAAGCCGCUCAAAUAGCCGGAGCCGCAUGGGCCACAGACGCACCUCCUCGGGGGGAUAUGCCUCGGGCACCUCACCCCACGUCACAGUGAGCAUCGAGGAAACAAUCGAAAAUGCAAUGCAAUAUAGACCUUCCGCACCCCAAAUUGACCUAAUCCCACCACCUCCUCCUCCACCCCCAAUCCUCCCCGAACUCCAACACCUAAAGAAUACGCCCCCACCACCACCCCCACCACCCUUCUACGAAGCAGUCUCACCACGCGAGUCUUCAGCUACAAUUGACAUCGCCAUCGAUAACCACGACAUGGGACAUCUCCUACCGCGCGCAAUGACGGCGGCGCCAGCUUUGAACAGCACAGAAACUCGUCAGACUGUAGGACGACGGAUGUCUUUCGAUCAUCGGCGGAAUCGAAGCUCGAACGAGAGCUUUACGAAUAAAUUGCGCAGCUUGACUCGUAUGCGAAGUAAUAGUCGCAGUGUGGAGCCUUGGACAAGUCAUCACGAUACCGAGAUGCCGUAUGAGAGUCUUCAUUCGCAUGGGCAUUUUCAAUCGAGCCAAGGCCCUGCCUAUGUAAAGGGUGAUUUGACGAGUUUCCUUUGA